AUGGCGGAAGCAGACGGACUGCUGAAACGGGUGCUGGUGCCGAUUCUUUUACCAGAGAAAUGCUACGACCGACUUUUUGUCCAUUGGGACUUGCUUCACGUCCCCUGCCUCAAGAUUCUCCUCAGCAAAGGCCUGGGGCUCGGCAUUGUGGCUGGGUCACUUUUGGUAAAGCUGCCCCAGGUGUUUAAAGUCCUGGGAGCCAAGAGUGCUGAAGGGCUGAGUCUUCAGUCAGUAAUGCUGGAGCUAGUGGCAUUGACUGGGACUAUGGUCUACAGCAUCACCAACAACUUCCCCUUCAGGUGUCACUUUCCUAGCCUGCUAUGCCCUGGUCCUGCUGGUGCUGCUUUCACCGUUGACACCUUUGGCUGUAGUCACCCUGCUCCAGGCCUCCAACGUGCCUGCUGUGGUCGUGGGGAGGCUACUCCAGGCAGCCACCAACUACCACAAUGGGCACACGGGCCAGCUGUCAGCCAUCACAGUCUUUCUGCUUUUGGGGGGCUCCCUGGCUCGAAUCUUCACUACCAUUCAGGAAACUGGAGACCCCCUCAUGGCUGGAACCUUUGUGGUCUCCUCCCUCUGCAAUGGCCUCAUCGCUGCCCAGCUCCUCUUCUACUGGAAUGCCGAGGCACCCCACAAGCAGAAAAAAGAACACUAGGGCUGAGCCAGCUACUGGAGUCAUUCCUGGUUUCCAUUCAUCCACCCAACCUCAGGGUCCUCUCUCAUCUGAGCCAGCCUGCUGGUGGGACUUUUAAGCAUUCUCCACUCCUCUUCAAUUGCAACUUGAGCUAGGGUUUGUUUUUAGUGGAAAUGGGAAAGUUGGUGGACCCAGAUCCUUGCUAAAGAGAGAACGAGGGUAGCUAGCGUCUUUCAAGCUGACAUUUUGACAUUUGAGCACUUUUCUUCUGAAUCCUGUCAUUUGGCUGAGAUUUCUCCUUUAGCAGCAAUUUCCACCUAUUUAUUUGCCUAUUCUGGGCACGUCUUGCCCUGUGGACCUUCCUCCCCAUGCCCCUUCUGGCCCCAGAGGACAGAGCCUGGACAAGGGGACCAGUGACUUGCGGCUGCCUCCCUCCCCCAGCCUGACUGGGACUGUCUCCUGGACCCCUGGGCUGGGGUGGGGGAAGGGGGACAAAGAAUGACUCAGGUAGGGCCCGAGGGUGGGGUGAGGAGGUUCCUGCUCUGGCAGGUCCAGGCGGAAGGGAGUGGAGAUGGAGCUGGUUCCUGCUGCAGUGAGUGGAACAGAUGGGACAAUAAAUACUCGGA